GAAUUAUGUCUUAAUUAUCUGUAAGAGAGCUUUAACUGGAGAGGAUGAGCUGAUAGACAAAGUACGGAGAAAAGCAUCUUUUCUUUCUUAACAGGCGUUGGCAUGUGUCAACAAUCGAUUUGAAUAUUUUCGGCAAUAUUCUUUGAAUUAAGCAUUAAAAUCACGAUAAUAAGCUAUUAUUGGACUUAAAAAAUCGUUGAUACGCAGAAUAAGAAUGAAUAAUAAAAAGAAAUUGGUGAAAAGAAUUAAAAUUGUUGAUCCAAGUAAGAAUGUUGGUUAUAAAAAGCCAAAAAUUCAACAAAGUAGCAACGGAAGUGCAGUAGAACCGACAAAGAUGAUGCACACGAAGAAGGAACACGACAGUAUUCAGGAAGGAAAAGAAAUGUUUGAGUGGAUUAUUAAUCCAAUGUCUGUCAACGAUUUCAUGGAGAACUACUGGGAAAAGAAGCCUAAGCAUAUUAAGCGACCAAAUAACAAAAAUUACUAUCACAGCUUAAUGACAAUGCAAACUAUUCAGAACAUGAUUAGAGAGAAUCAUUUAGAGUACACUAAGAAUGUCGAUAUUACUUCCUACCGUGAUGGAAUCAGAGAAACUCAUAAUCCAGAAGGAAAAGUUACGUCAAGCUUGUGGAGUUUCUAUGAUGAAGGUUGUUCUAUACGUCUUUUAAAUCCACAAACGUUUGUGCCAACAGUCUUCAAAAUGAAUGCUAAACUGCAAGAGUAUUUCCACUGUAUGGUCGGAACAAACGUAUAUUUAACACCAAAAGAUUCACAAGGAUUCGCUCCUCAUUACGACGACAUUGAAGCAUUUAUACUGCAGGUUGAAGGACAAAAACAUUGGAGAAUUUAUGAGCCACGAACUGCUGAUGAAUUUUUGGCAAGAACUUCGUCUAUUAAUUUUUCACAGGAUGAAAUCGGUGAACCGAUUAUGGACAUUCUUUUAGAAGCUGGAGAGAUGCUUUACUUUCCAAGAGGAUUUAUUCAUCAAGGUGUUGCCAUAGAUGGCCAACAUUCACUUCACAUCACUGUCUCAAUGUAUCAAAAGAAUUCAUAUGCUGACUUAUUAGAACAUUUAGUUCCAGCAGCUUUAAAACAAGCUAUAGAAUCAGAUGCAAGAUUCCGUGAAGGAUUGCCACUAAAUAUUCAUCAAGUCUGUGGAUCAGUCUAUUCAGAUGUUGAUUCUAAUGAUCGUAAUGAAGUCAGAGAUCAUAUUAAGGAGCUAUUUAGUCGAAUCUUCGAUCAUGCAAAUAUUGAUAAUGCUGUUGACCAAAUGAGUAAAAAGUUCCAAACUGAUGCACUUCCUCCACAUAUUUCUAAGCACGAAAAACAGAGAACAGCAUUUGGCGAGAGAGUCGAGAUUGAGGAUGGAGAAGUCAGCUUACCUUUUGAAAUAACAGCCGAAACAAAUAUAAGAUUGUUAAAGGCAAACAUUUUAAGACUGGUUGAGGAAGAAGACACUUAUCGAGUCUACUUCCAUACUGAAAAUUCUAAGGAAUAUCACGAGUUUGAGCCUACAUUUAUGGAAAUUGAAGAGGACGACACUGUAGUUAUAGCAAAAUUAGUUCACAGCUAUCCAGAUUUUAUUGCUGUUAGUGACUUGCCUGCUGAAGAUGACGAACGAAAAAUCGCAAUCGUUUCUGAUUUAUGGGAGAAAGGAUUGUUAAUGACAGAUGUAACUGUUGAUUGAAUUAUUGACUAUUAAUUAAACUAAUAAAAUAGUAAUCCUCAACUGUCAAAAUUAAUUCAAA